AUGGGAGUGGCAGGUGGACUCGUCACAGCAGGUAUGAGACCAACAACAACAUCAGGUGGUGGCACAACGUUAGGACGCAUUCAGGCAAAGAUUCAAGACGGUAAUUUCACCGCCACGGUAUACGGGUACAUUCGAGAUCAUAAAUAUGACGAAGCAAUUGAGGUGCUUCUCCUUCAAUUGGACGAGUUCCCGCGUAGCCGCGCAGCCAUUUCCCUCAUUGCCUACUGCUACUACCACGUUGGGGAUUUUGCGGAGGCGGCACGCAUGUAUCAACAGCUAGUAAAGAUAUGCCCAAAUGUGGAAGAAUACCGUGUUUAUCUCUGCCAAUCACUUUAUAAAGCUGGAGCGUACGUGGAAGCAAGCAAGAUGUGCACUAUGAUCGAGUCUGAGCAAUAUUCCAUGCGGUUGAUGAAGUUGCAGGCCUCGAUAGCGUACGAACAGGAGGAAAUUCCACAAACAAAGUCAUUCUUGGAAAAAUGCCCGCCAGAGGACCCUGAAGUAAUUAUACUGCAGGGUUGUGUAUUGUGCAAUGAAGGCAGUUAUGAGGAAGCGCUAGCAAAGUUUCAGGAGGCGCAGGCUGGUUUGGGUUUCAAGCCAGAUCUUGCGUACAACAUUGCUUUAACGUACUACCGGAUGCAACAGUACGGACCAUCACUCAAGCACAUCGCGGAAAUUAUUGAGCGCGGGAUUCAAGAACACCCCGAACUUAAUAUUGGGAGCAACACGGAAGGUAAUGAGGCGAGAUCUGUGGGUAACACUCAGUUAUUGAAGGAAACCGCUCUCGUAGAAGCGUUUAACCUAAAAACAGCUAUAGAGUUCAUGAUGAAGAACAUGUCGGCAGCGAAAGAGGCCCUUACUGACAUGCCACCCCGUCUGCAAGAGGAACUCGAUCCCGUUACGCUGCACAACACUGCUCUGGUAAACAUGCCAGAAGAUCCAUCUAUUGGUUUCAGCAAGCUGAACUUCCUACUUCAAAAUCCACCCUUUCCGCCGGAAACGUUCCAAAACCUAUUAUUGUUUUACUGUAAGUACCAGUACUUUGAUCUUGCGGCUGAUGUUCUUGCGGAGAACCCCCACCUCAGCUGGAAGUACCUCUCGCAGCAGAACCAGUCGCUAUAUGACUUUCUUGACGGAUUAAUCACAGCGCAGACAUCACCUGCUGAGGCCUACCGAAAGUUUGACAUAUUAGCCCAGCACCACAUUGACCAACUUCGUAGGCUCACGAAGAAACUUCAGGAUGCAAAACAGAACCAAGACAAGAACAGCGUCCGCACUGCAUUGCGAAACUAUGACGAGGCGUUGGAGGAUUACAUUCCUGUGCUAAUGGCUCAGGCAAAUAUUUACUGGGAAAUUGAAAACUAUCCGAUGGUCGAAAAGCUGUUCCGUCAGUCUGCAGAAUUUUGUUCUGAGCACGAGAUUUGGAAGCUGAACGUAGCCCAUGUAUUUUUCAUGCAGGAAACUAAAUUUCGUGAAGCAAUUCGUUACUAUGAACCUGUAGUGGAGGCAAAUGAGGAAAAUUUACUUAACUGCAGUGCCAUUGUGUUGGCCAACUUGUGCGUAGCGUACAUUAUGACGGCACUCAAUGAUAAGGCGGAGGAAAUUAUGAGGCGCAUCGAGCGUGAGGAAGAGAAACUUCUUUAUGUGGAUCCAGAAAAGCAACCACUUCAUUUGUGCAUUGUGAACCUCGUUAUCGGUACGCUGUACUGCUCCAAAGGGAAUUUUGAGUUUGGUAUUUCUCGCAUCGUUAAAUCUUUAGAGCCAUACCAUCGGAAAAUCAUGACCGACACGUGGUUUUAUGCCAAACGUUGCUUCCUUGCCCUUGCUAUGCAUCUUGCCAAACAUAUGGUUGUUCUAAAAGACGGAACGUUUGAUGAGAUUCUUAAUUUCUUUGAUCAGGCGGAUCGCUACGGGGAGAAGAUACCUGCCUUCGUACAUCCCGAUCCUAGCAAGCAGGAAAACACAUCCAAGAACACCGUGCGCUGGGAGGCGCGGCAACUUAAGCAUUUAUAUUUGCAUAUGCGUGAGUAA